GGAGAGUUCAGAUACGAUAGAAGACAUUGUUACUACGGAGGAGUCAGCGAAGAGAGCACGCCCAAUGUCUUGUCCAAAUCAAAUGAAGAUGAAUACUUCUUAGAUACACCACCCGAACGUUGGAAUUUCCUUAACUUUUAUCAUCACUGGCUCGCCUCAUUCGAUUUUAGCAACGCUUUUAAAAGAGAAGCCUUUAAACUAAGAAAAGCGCUCGAUAUUCUAAACCCAGUGAUUCUUCAAAAUUUAAGGUCAAGAUACACCUUUCAUCCUCUUAAGGCUAACAUAAGCAAUAUGGGUUCCCGUCUUGUUAAGAGUAAUAUCAAUUCCCACGACAAGGAGACCUCGAAAACUCUGCUCAGUGUAGCCCUGUGUUGUUGGUGUUUGGAAGUGGCUGCCAUAAAGUCUCCUAGUGCCAUAGUUAAGAAUGUGGCAGCUACUG